UCUUGUGACGUUGUGCAGUCUCAUGCCUGAACGCGCUCGCGUUUCCAUAGCAGCGUAUACUCAUAAACUAGGAAGACUUUCUAGGCCACAUUUCUGUCUGUUACCAAACAGAGGCCUGACAGUAAUACUUUAGUAUGUCCACUGAUUAAUUUGCCGUCGUAAACAGGUUCCAUUGUUUUGGUCAUUUUCAUUUUUUUCGACUAAAGAUGAGUAAACAGGAACGAAAUAUAGGACGAACCAGCACAAACAUUGGACAUGUAUAUACCCCACCUUUGCCGUUUAAUUUCAACACAUGCAAGAAUGCUCCUCUACCACCUGUCCUCUGCCGGCAGAACAAAGUACCUGUAUCUGCUCAAUUCACUCUCACCUCACGGUCUGCACAUGACAGAAAACCAUUAACUGGACCACUGCACAAUGAAAUCUAUUCUAAAGCCCCUCCACACUGGACAACACAUUUCCUCAAUGAGCUGGCACACAGGCUAAGAGAGCAUGCAACAUUGAGGGUUGUCUCUAAACCCAUCAGUGAAAUGCAGGACAGCUACAGAGGUCAACCAGCACAGUGUGAAUCUCUCAAUGGACAUUAUAGCAUGAUGCAGGCACUAUACAGACAGCUGAAUAAGACUCAGUCGCUUGUGCAGGAGCCAAUCUGUAGCACAACCAAGACCGACUUUAAGCACUUUAACAGGUCAAAUUUGACUCAUUUCUCUGUAAUGGAUGAAGCUACCUUUAAUGGAAGCCUUACCAAGAGUGGAGCCCACAGUCGACUUCCUGCUCACAAAGCUCCAUCCACUUUAUCAUGUCAGCCUCGACUGCCUUGCCCAUAUCUGCCUUUGCCUUACAUGGGUAAAAGUACUGUGUAUGGGGAUAGUUUUAAGGCACCUGUGCCUCCACCAUUACCUACACCUAAUAUUGCACAACGUGUGGUGAAACUGCAAGAAAGGGGUAGUAGAGAUCCAUUACAGGACAUUCUAAGUGUCCCCAAAAUGUAUAGUACAGAGAAUCAGAUAUAUGGAAAAAACAAAAUGUCUAUGGUGUAGGAAAAUACACAAAAUAGGGUAAAAUGGUUUGGUUUGAUAAAAAAUGUGAAAAAAUAUAAAUGCCUAAAUGUAAACGCUUCAUAAAAUAGACCUGAAAUGUUUUCAUCAAUUUUGUUUAUUGUCUUCUUUUGUCACUCAUACGGUCAGCAAUAAAUGGAGAAUAAAAAG